CGAGGCCUUUGUUAUGUCAUCGCUUCACGUUGUCCAAUCCUACCGUCACGACGCUUGCUACGUUUCGUAUUCGGAAUACCUUCGCCAUCUGAUUAAAAUGUGUGUUCCCAAAUACACCAAACAUCUUUCCACGCCAUUCGGCGAUCUCGAUAUGUUUUGACAGUGCCCUGAAACCACCGCCUUUGAAUGAAGUUUGUUAGCGCCAUCUUGCAGAUGUCAAGCCCUUGUCGCUUGUUGCUAAAUUCAUUCACCUCAGGUGACCGCAGGGGAUGCCGUUCCUUAAAAAAGCUCGACUCAACCUGCCCCGCUCCACAGUCUUGGAUAACAGAGCGAAGAAAUCCGGGCUUCGCGGAACCGUAUUUUCUGUCAAUGGCGAUAACUACACUGGGGAGUGGCUGGACAAUAAGAAACACGGUUGGGGCACCCAAGAGUGGAAGUCAUCCGGUGCGAUUUAUAAUGGCGAGUGGAAAUUUGGGAAACAGGACGGCUAUGGCAUCUUCAGUGUACUCCGACCGGACACCAAGAAGUACAUAACGCAGUACUGUGGAGAGUGGAAAAAUGGCAUGAAACACGGCCACGGUUCCUUCUUUGCUGUGCAUGCGACGUAUGAGGGCGAGUGGAGCGAGGACAAUCGCAGCGGCUGGGGGAGACUCACUUAUAAGUGUGGGGAUCUCUACGAGGGCGAGUGGCUAUGGGAUAAGGAAGACGGAACAGGCGUAAUUCAAUUUGCUAACGGGAACUGGUAUGAAGGAUGCUGGAAGGGCGGCAAGAAAAACGGUCAUGGAAAGUUCUACUAUGCUGACAAAGGUCUCAUUUAUGAAGGCCUUUGGGUUGACGGUGAUGCAAAAUGUGGCACUUUGUCUGAUUCUGGGAGAGAGACGGCGCCGUACCCCACCAAGUAUCCAAUUCCACAGGUAACACUAAUGGACAUUCAAAGGGUGUUAAGGGACGCCGAGUCGGUAUACGUGGAUGAAAGCUGAUGGGAAAUUACCUUACUCCAGCGAUACACUUGUAAUCAUUUGAGUUCAUGGACAAAGGGAUCACAACAACCGGCCAUUGCACUAAUGAACUAAAAAAAUGGAGGAUGCGCAUAUUCUGUAGCAGUAAUGGAUUAUUUGGACUCACCUUCUGUGUUUGAGUGUGUGGCAGGAUUUUAGCCCAUGAAGAAUUUUGCGGUG